AUGGAUGAAAUUUUCGGUGGCAAGAGCAAGAAGGAACCAGAAUUUUAUCAAGCCUUGGGAUGUGACAGAAGCAGCUCGAUAGAGCAAAUCACUGCGGAGUAUCGCGCUCGUGUGAAAUAUCUACAUCCUGACAAACUCGAUGAAGCGGAUCCAAAAAAGCAUGAGGAGUAUCUACAACUCCAGGUGACUUUCAAUUUCCCAAAUUAUUUAGCUUUUUGUGAGCAAUGCACUUGGCUCUACAAGUUGAGCGAUUGA